AGUGUAUGGAAAAGGUUGCAAAGGGUUGGAAAGAGAGCUUCCAAAUAUCAGUUUACAACAUCCUACAGAGAAUUGUCUAUUGAGUGCGUCAAGAAAUGGCAGCCGAACAAGAUAUGCAUUGUCUGGAUGAGGAGGAACAGAAGGAAGUGUUCAGAGCUGCACACCUGGGAGCCGACACUGGACAAUCCCUACAUGGGCAUUGUGUCCUGGCCUGUGCCAGAGAAUGUCGAAAUCACGGUCACCCUUUUUAAAAGCAGCAAGACAAAUGUAUAUGAAGAUAAGGAAUGGAUCUUCACAAUUGAAGAUCACGACAAAAAAGGUCGUCGCAAACAACUGGCCACAGCUUGCAUGAACAUGAAGGACUACGCUGGCACUGUUCCACUACAGAAGGACGUUGACCUAAAGUUGAAGCCUGUCUCCAAGAAGAUUUUGUCUGGAAGGCUUCAACUAACUGUCUCUUCCAUGCUUAUUAGGGAAGGAAAUGCCACUGAUGACGACAUGCAGAGUAUGGCGAGUCUCAUGAGCAUGGAUAAGUUAGGUGACGUUGGAAACAUGGAUGACAUCGAUGAAGAUGACGAAAAUGUUCCAGACGAUGACGACGUCGUUGCACAA